AUGGGCGGGAAACUGCCCGUGAUCCCCCUGAACCCCCGCGAGAAGCACACUCAGCCCAUCGUGGACUUCAACCUGGAGGAGAACCUGCUCCAGUACGUGAGGCCCAGCCGAUGGGUGUCGAUCAAUGUCGGCAACUUCCCACUGCUGAGAUUCAACUGGGUCGUUUCCUUGCUGGCGUCAGCGAUUCUGUGGGUGUUCAUCGUCGUAGUCCUCACGGCGAAAGACAACGCACAAGGAAUCAACGUUGCUCUCCUUGAGUUCAACAGCACGUGGCAAACUUGGAUUACACAGAACUUCACGUGGUUUUACAUCUUCACACAAGAUAUUUGGUGCGUCUUCGUGGUGUACAUCGCCUUCUCCAAGUACGGAAAGAUCAAGCUCGGGAAGGAUGAUGAGAAGCCCGCGUUCAGCGACUUCUCUUGGUUCGUCAUGCUCUUUUGCAGUGGCAUAGCCGUUGGCUUCUACUUCUAUGGCGUGCGAGAGCCCCUAUCUUACUACAGAGCUUCUUACUACAACGUCUUGUACAAGCCCGGGUGGAUGAACGACGACCAGCGAGCCCAGCAGGCGAUCUUCAUCACCCUCUACCAUUGGGGCAUCCACGCGUGGGCGUGCUACAUCAUCGUCGCCAUGCUCCUCGGCUUCGUUGCCUUCCGAUGGGAUAGGCCGUUGACAUUGCGUCAGGCUUUCUUCCCCCUCGUAGGACAUGUGAUCGAUGGCUUCGUUGGCGACAUCAUCGACUCCAUCGCCAUGGCCUGUACCACCUUUGGUGUCUGCACCUCCCUCGGGUUUGGUGUCAUGACCAUGGUCAACGAAUUUGAAAGGCCGACUACACCAUUCGCUGAUGCCUUCAUGCUUUCAACAGUCACAACUAUUUGGAUCAUCACCCUCAUUGCUACAGUCUCGGUCGUCACGGGGCUCAACCACGGAAUCAAGGCCCUCUCCCUGAUUGCUUUUGGUCUCGGCAACCUGUUGCUCGUGAUGCUCCUAUUGACAGAUGACACCUGGUUCUUGUUGAACUCCUACGUGCAGUCUCUGGGCUACUACAUCACUUACGUGACGCAAGUCGGGUUCGAGUGCGACACUUGGCCUCAGCUCAACUUUGACUCCACAUGGAUCAACUCGUGGACCAUCUUCUACUGGGGCUGGUGGAUCUCAUGGGCCCCCUUUGUCGGCAUGUUCGUGGCGACCAUCUCGCGAGGCAGGACCUUGCGUCAGAUCUUCAUGGGAGCGAUCGCUGCUCCUGUCUUCUACAGCUUCUUCUUCUUGGUCGUCAUGGGAUCUCUCGGCAUCAAGAUGGAGAGAGUGGUCGAGCUUUCACUCUUGGAUCCAAAGACCACGGACUACCAGCAGAUUUGGAGGACGGGAAUGAUUAACUGCACAGCGAUGGGCUACAGCAAUGGUCAGCCUCAGUCUGAGGCCGCCAGGAAGCUUGCUGAAGUUGGAUACUACGCGCUCCCCUGCAGAAACUCCGACGAUGUCUUUUACGAUGUCAUGGAGCCGUACGGCAAAGGCAUCGCAACGUAUCUCAAGCUCAUCUCCGUCAUUGGCGUUGUCCUCUACUUCGUGACCUCGUCUGAUUCAGGCUCUUACGUCGACGACAUACUCUCGGCGGGAGGUAUGGCGCAUCCUCCGGUCCUUCAGCGCGUCUACUGGGCCGUCACAGAGGGAGCGUGUGCUACUGCCAUCCUCUAUGCGGGAGGAUCGGAUGCUCUGACAGCGCUGAGGGCCGUCUCCAUCUGCUCUGGUCUCCCGCUCACCAUCGCCAUCUGCCUCAUGUGCACGGCGUUGCUGAGAGCGUGCAAGUACGACAUGAUGGAGGAGGACAUUCACUCGUCGACGCGCUUCAUCGUCGGGCUCUUCGACUGGGCUGAUGGCUUCCAACCAGCAGGCAUCCCGCGUGAGCUCGAGCCAGGGCUGCAGAGGCGGAUCAGAUCUCUUGUGAUCUCCACCUUCGCUCCCUUCAUCUCCAUCCACAAGGUCCAUCAGAAGUUCUACAACAACGUGGCGAUGUUGCACACGGCGGGGACUGGCAUGCUCUUCAUCACGUGGAUCGGCUGCAUGAUCGGAGAGGUCGGUACCGUCAACGCUUCCUACGUGGGAUGGACCAUGUACAUUUUCUUCGCCGCUCAUCUGACCGCAACGAGGUUGCAAGCAAGGCUUGCUUACAAGGUCUACGGGUCAGCCUUCGAGGACUUCUUCGCCUGCCUCAUCAUGUACCCCUUCGUCAUCUCUCAGCUCGAGUUGCAGGUGGAGUCUCAGCUGGAAUUCCAUGACGAGGAUGCCCCUGCCCCGUACAGAGGCAAGCACGUUCCCACCGACAGGCCUCACCUGGAGAUGAUGGACUACGAUCACGUCAUGGAGUUCCAUGGCCCCACAAACGCUUUCAAGUCAUCCCGGGCGGCUUCUCCCCAGUACCAGCCGUACCCAGGCCAGUACCCGUCCCAGUUUUCUUCCCAGCAUUCCUCCCAGCAGGCUCCCUUGGGUGCGCCGGCAGUCCAGCUCGUUCCUCCGCCCGAGUUUCAGAUGGGAGUGGCUCCUCAACCGCAGUAUUCCAUGGCGAUCGGCUCGGCUUGACUUGAAAGAUGUCAACUCGUGACAUCGUGUACUAGUGCUUGUGAAUGUAUGUACUGUUUACAGUGUUGAUGGUCAAUAAUACACUGAUAUUUUUA